AUAUAAGUUGUACAUAUGGGAUACAUUUAUGCAAUCCUCGUCUUUAAACAACAAAACAUCAAAUCAGAAAAAGACACGUGGACUUACUAGACUUACAAAAUGAUAACAACACUUAUAAUUCAUCAUUUACAUGCAUGCAUAUAAAGAAGGUGAUUUUUAUUUAACAGUGAAAUGACUUCCAGCAUCAUAUUACUAGUGCUCCUUGGUGUGGGCUAUGUUUUAGGACAUGGUAAUCAUGGGCAUGCUCCUCCUGCCCCAGGGGCUACACCACCACCAGCGAAUACCAUGGGGUUCCAUGACACAUCGUUAACACAGGAUGAAGCUCAUAUAAAGGAACAUUUAAAGGAUGAAAUUGAUGUCACAAAGAAAAUGACACCACAAGAAUUGGAAUUCCAUUAUUUCAGAUUACAUGACACAAACAAUGAUACCAAAUUAGACGGUCUUGAGAUCAUGGCAGCUCUAAGCCAUAUUCAGCAUAUGUUUGAGAUACAACCACAAGAGAAACAGGGAAAAACAGAAGCAGAAAUAGAGAAACUGCAAGCGGAAAGGAAAGCUGGUUCACUUCAGUAUUUUGCAGAUGUUAUUGACAACGUUCUGAAAGAUGACGAUUUCAACCAUGAUGGCUACAUUUCAUACCCAGAAUACAUGUCAGCAAGAAAGCGUGAUUAUAUCAAACAACAACAACAAAUGGCACAUCAUAACGAAGUGAAUAUGCAACAACAAGCUCACAUGCAACAGCAACAAUACCAGCAAUACAUGCAAUGGCAACAACAACAACAACAACAUCAACAACAACAACAGAUAGGUGGCAAUGUACAACAAUUUCAACAAAAUCCUCAACAAUUUAACCAACAACAGCCGCAGCAACAGCAGCAACUACAAUACAAACCAAAUCAACAACAACAACAACAACAGCAGCAGUAUAAUCCAAAUCAACAACAACAGUUUCAACAGCCACAGCAACAUCAGCAGUUUCAACAACCAGCAGCAGCAAAAAUAUAACCACGUGGUGUGAUUUGGUUGAAGGACUCUUUCGUAUGAGUGUUAGUGUGAAUGAGCUGUAAAUGUCUGUUAUGUGAUCUCAUUGAAGUAUUUAUAAACGUUUAGUGAAUUUUGAACAUUCCCACUGUGAACAUUCCAUACCAUAUUUGAUAAAUGUUGCAUCUAGUAUGACUGUUUGACAUUUAUUUGACUCUUUAAUCUGUUGGAACUCUACUAAAAGUAAAAUAACAGUAUACUUAAUAUUCUCAUAGUUUUAGGAAUAUUGGGGGAAUUAGUACGCUGGAUUCGGAAUUUCAUUAUAAAGUCACUAACAUUUUGUGGCUUCUUAUAUAAAGUAUCUGCUCAGCUGGGAAAUAAUAGAUUCCAGCUUAUUUUAAUUUGUGAUCAUAAGGAUAACUAACGCCUUAUUCUUUAAAAAAAAUGUUAGAUGAUCUUUGUUCUUUUUAAGUAAGGGAUUAUAUAAAAUUUUCAAACGAAAGCUUUAUAAUUUAAAUUGAGCUAUUCUGAAGAGCAUGCAGCCUAUAUAUCCAUAGAAGAAGUAAUCCAUUAAUAGUGCAAAUUUUGUAACAUGUAAUUCAAAAGCAAUAUUUAGACAUUUAAACUUUGUGUUGAUUAGAUAUAUAAAAAAAUCAAAGC